GCUUUGCAGCGAAACAGUCACUAUCAUGACACAUCUUCAGCAUAAGGAAAAGCUUCCUCCUUGGAAGCGUUUUAUUUGAUAACCUUGGGAAGAGGUUGGCUCCUUCCUAUGGUUAGCAUUUUGAGGAGUAAUUAAAUAGCUGCCCGUGUUGGCACGCAUAGACUGUCAGGCACUAAUUGUGUUUCAUAUACAGCAAGACUUCUAGCUCAGGAGCUCGCUAACACGAGAGCUUCACAAGCUAGUACGCGCUAACGCUAACUGUGGAUACCGAAACCGUAGUAUUAAACAUAGGAGAGCUACAUUUGUCAAAGAAAGCAAGUGGAAGGGAUAACUGUUAUCAUUGUAUCUACAGGACACGCUGCAAAAAGCUGCUGCCACACUUCCAGAUAUUCUUGGCUCUCAGAGAUAACAUGACAUUGGACUUAUAUGGCUUUAGCUACUACACCAUCAACUUGCUUUUCAAAGAGCGACUGAAGUGAAAAUGAUAGACUACAGAUGAAGAUGAAUACAUCCUUCCCACAGUUUCCCAUGAGUCUCACCUGCAGGGUGACAUUGCUGUGAGAAAGGAGAGAGAAGGAAGGAGCACCAGGCGACUGUAAACUAGAGUCAUGAAUCUCCAUCAGGUCCUCACAGGGGCUGUCAACCCUGGAGACAAUUGUUUCUCUGUAGGCAGUGUCAACAAUGUGCCAUUCACAGCCUAUGCAUCAGGUUGUGACGUGGUGAUUUUGGGCAGCGACUUUGAGCGUCUGCAGAUCAUCCCAGGGGCCAAACAUGGCAACAUCCAAGUUGGCUGUGUUGACUGCUCACUGCAGGGUGGACAGAUUGCAGCUUCCUAUGGAAGCAUCGUUUGUGUCUUUGAGCCAGUUCAGCUCCCAGAUCAAAAAGACACAUCACUCACUGUGAACUGCCAAUGGCAGAAGACUGGUCAGUUUGUAUUAAAGUCUAUGGUACGGAACCUGGCCUGGCAUCCCACAGGCAGCACUCUCUUAACUGGCUCGAGUAGCCUCCAGCUGUGGUCUAACGCUGAUGGAGUGAAAGAUGAAGGUGAAGAUGAGGGGAAGCAGACAGAAAUGACCAUAAGAGACUGUCAUUCUUCCUGGAGGUGCAUCUGGCAGAGCAAGACGGCCUCUCCAAUCAGUUUAAUGAAGUUCUCUCCUGAUGGGGAAUUCUUUGCCACUGCUGGACAGGAUGACUGCCUAGUAAAGGUCUGGUACAGCACCAGUAAGUGGAAGUCAGGUGUCUCCAGUCUCUUCACACCUCCAGAGCAUAGUGUCGCUGAUCAGGGAGAGCUGGCCUUUUCUUUUGUCUACCUGGCUCAUCCUCGCUCUGUUACCGGCUUCUCAUGGAGAAAGACCAGCAAGUACAUGCCGCGAGGUGCAGUGUGCAACGUCCUGCUCACCUGCUGUAAGGACAGCGUGUGUCGGCUCUGGGCAGAGACGCUCCUGCCGGCUGACAGCCUCCUGUCUGGUCACCACAACGACCACACUGCUGGCCAACACAGUGACACACUCCGAAGUGGUGGCCCUUCAAGGACAAACACCUGCAAUGGGAAGACACAAGGAAGAACAGAACAGGAAUUGAAUUUUCAAGAAUCGUUGCAUGCUUCUAUUUAUCGGGAUGUGCCCCAUCCUGCAUGCCUGCCUCACCAUCAGAGCCGACACUACAGUCACAAGAAGAACAGAAGCAGCAUGCCCCACGCCAAUGCUCUCUGUCACUUCCACAUCGCUGCCAGCAUCAAUCCUGCUACAGACAUUCCUCUGCUGCCCUCCAUCUCCUCUCUGAACGCCGUGGAUGAUGAGGAACCUGGUGGUCCUUUUACUGUCCACUGGCUCAACAACAAAGAGCUUCAUUUCACUUUGGCUAUGGAAGUCUUCCUGCAGCAGCUCCAAGGCAGCCUGGAUCAACAGAAUGAGUGCACACAAGAAGAGCCCGAAGAUGAGAAUAACUUUGAUGAAGAAGACAACAGUAACAGGCCAAGUGACUCCCAAGGAUCUGAGGCUGUGGAGCUUCCUCUGGCAGCAGUGACGCACCAGGUGGACGUGCUGUUAGAGGAAUGGAAUAAAGGCGCAGACAUGUUGUUCAGUAUCCAUCCAAUGGACGGCUCUCUGUUAGUCUGGCACGUGGACUGGCUAGAUGAAUACCAGCCAGGCAUGUUCAGACAAGUGCAGGUGUCCUUUGUGUCCCGUAUUCCUGUAGCGUUCCCUACUGGCGAUGCAAUCUCCCUGAGUCACAGUGUAGUUAUGUACGCCUGCAACAAGAAUGUGGAUCUGGCUAUCCAACAUGGCAGACAGCGGCCGCCUGGCAAUACGUUGCCUCAAACCAAAUCUGCUCUAAUAAGCUACGGAGGCCAAGGAAAAGCUGCACCAAGCAGUAGUCUUCGACUCAGCAUUUUCACCCCGAAUGUCCUUAUGAUCUCCAAACAUGCCGAUGGGUCACUGAACCAGUGGGCAGUCAGCUUUGCGGAGGACUCUGCUUUCUCCACUGUGCUCAGCGUCUCUCAUAAGUCACGGUACUGUGGCCAUCGCUUCCACCUCAAUGACCUGGCCUGUCACUCAUUACUGCCUCUCCUCCUAACCACUUCACAUCACAAUGCCUUGAGGACACCAGAGGUAGACAACAUCCUCGCCCCUUCGGACCCCUGCUCCUCUGGUUUCACUCAUUCAGCGUCUCUGCCUCCCAGCUCACGGCCCAGCAGGGUAUCCCUAGGUAUGGUUUCCCAAGAUCCCAACGCGAUCUACAGUGAGCUGAUUUUAUGGAGAGUGGACCCUGUUGGCCCCCUGUCUUUGUCAGGUGGAGUCUCUGAGCUUGCUCGGAUCAAUUCUCUCCAUGCAUCAGCGUUUUCAAAUGUAGCCUGGCUGCCCACGCUCAUUCCCAGCAGCUGUUUAGGUGUCUACUGUAACUCUCCCAGUGCUUGCUUUGUGGCAAGUGAUGGCCACUCACUCAGGCUGUAUCAGGCUGUUAUUGAAGCUAAGAAACUCCUGAGUGAGCUCUCCAAUCCUGAGAUAGCAAAAUAUGUAGGAGAGGUGUUCAACAUCAUCAGUCAGCAAUCCACUGCAAAACCAGGAUGUAUUAUAGAGCUAGAUACCAUUACUGGCUUUCAGGGGAAGGAGACCCAGCUCCUGCAUGUUUUUGAGGAGGAUCUGAUCCUUGGCAGUGAGAGAACAGAGAGAACACCAGAAACUCCUGAUUCUUCUCACACCGGCGAGCCGUCCUUCUCAGCACGUUUUUUCCUUGUGGUGGUUGAAUUGACCCCAGAAGGUCGCUCACUUCUCCACAUGUGGCAUCUCCAUCUUGCUGCUCGACCCGUCACCAUGGAUGACACCAUGACGGAUAAGGAUGCCACCACAGCGUCUUCUUUCAACAGCUCUCAGUUUAACUUUGACUCAUUCAGUUCUCCCGUAACUGCGAAGAGUAAACCCUGCACUUCCAACCUGCAGAGUGCCUGUCGCCUCAGCCUCACAACACACAGAUUAUACAGCCAGGAGAUGGCUCUGCCAGAAGGGGUGGAAGCCAUUAGCGUUACACCCUCAGCAGGUCACCUGAGUGCUUCAUGUUCUCUGCCAGCUGGCCGUGUGCCUUACCUCCUUGCCACUUCCUGUUCUGAUGGAAAGGUGCGUUUCUGGAGGUGUAGUGUCAUUGCGACAAAGCCUUUCAGUAUGGACAACUUGGUGUACCAAUGGGAGGAAUGGCCUCUCCUAGUGGAGGAAACGCUUCCCAGCAGCAGUGUAGUAAGUGUGCAGGGUCGCCCCAUCCAGGUCAGCUGUUGUCAUGCCAGACGGAUAGCAGUUGCUUACAGGCAGAUGCCAAACGCAUCUCUGAACUCAACACCUCAGCUGUUGACAUCUCCUCCCACCCUGGCUUCUUCCCCUUAUGUGCUCUACAACAACACUCACUUGACCCCAACCCUGACGGUGCAGCAUAGCCCAAAUCUCACUCCAAGAUCCAACCCAGCAAACAGUAGGGAACCACUGGUCCACAUUGAUAUCUUCCAGUGUGAGUCCACUGGUGGUUCGCAGUGGAUUCUAGAGCAGACCAUAGUUCUGGACAGCCCAGAUUCUACAGCCAACUGUGGUAUUAGUAAUAGCACAACUGGUAGUGCCAGAAUUCCAAGUAACAUGGACUUCUCUAUACCUAACGAGAAUUGUCAUGGUUCUGCUGGUAAGAGCGUGGUUCAUUUGGACUGGGUCUCCCAGGAGAAUGGGUCACAUGUUCUGACUGUUGGUAUUGGGACAAAGAUUUAUAUGUAUGGCUGUCUCUCUGGGAAGCCUCCAGAACUCUGUCUGUCAUCUGAUGCCAGUAGAGACCAGAGCUCAUCUCGCCUGGUUCUGCUUCGAUCGGUUGAUCUGGUCUCUUCUGUUGAAGGCUCAUUACCUAUUCCAGUCUCCCUCUCCUGGGUGCGAGAUGGCAUCUUGGUAGUAGGCAUGGACUGUGAGAUGCAUGUGUACUCCCAGUGGCAGCCCCCAGCACCGCCCAAACCCAAUGCUGCAAUUGCUCAAGACGCAAAUAUCAGCAGCAGCAUGUCAUCCAUAAUCUCAGCCGUCAGACAAAGCCAGGAGGAGGGUGUCAGCCCUGGGGCCCCAACAUCAUCACUGACCCUUCCCAAAAGGGCCCUGACAAGAUCAAUGAUGAGCCUGGCUCAGAAACUCAGCGGGAUGAGAACAGCUUAUGACCUGCCUGUAGAGAUGGAAGAUGCUGGGCUUUUUGAAGCAGCUCACCAACUCUUUCCCACUUUGCCUCAGUACCAUCCUGUGCAGUUACUGGAGCUCAUGGAUCUUGGGAAGGUUCAUCGUGCCAAAGCCAUCCUCUCUCACCUGGUGAAAUGCAUUGCUGGAGAAAUAGUGACACUUAAAGACAGCACAGUCAAUGCUGAGAAACGUGUGCGCUCUCGAACCAUCAGCGCUGGUGGCAGCACAGCCAGAGACCAGAGGAUGUUCAGCAAAGCAGAGAACUCCACUCCCGACUACACAGAGAUAAGCUCCAUCCCUCCGCUGCCUCUGUAUGCGCUUCUGGCAGCUGAUGAGGAUACGUCACCAAAACCUGAUAAAGUGGGCAGUGUGAGCGGGGAUAGUGGGCAUGGUUCCACUCACGCCGACACUUACGAUGAGCUCUUUAGGACACCCAGCAUAGCAGAUCCAGACCCUCUGGACAAUGAUCAAGAGGAAACUGGGAACAAGGUCAUUGACCUGUCCCAGUAUAGUCCUACAUACUUUGGUGCAGAACAUGCCCAGGUUCUGUCCAGUCACCUCCUACAUUCCAGUUUGCCAGGCUUAACCCGUAUGGAGCAGAUGUCUCUCAUGGCGCUAGCUGACACCAUCGCUACCACAAGCACAGAUCUCAAGGGCAGCCAGGGCAAGAGUAAAGGUGGAGAGACUCUGGAUGAAUGUGGUCUGAAGUUCUUGCUGGCUGUCAGACUCCAUACCUUCCUCUCUACCUCCCUCCCUCCAGCACACCGAGCACAGCUGCUACGGCAAGGCCUGUCAACAUGUCAUUACGCCUGGGCUUUCCACUCUGAAGCUGAGGAGGAGCUGCUAAACAUGCUGCCUGCUCUACAGAAGGAAGAGACCACCUGGCCUGAGCUGCGCUCCAUGGGUGUGGGCUGGUGGCUGCGCAGCACCAACAAGCUGCGCAGGUGUAUUGAGAAGGUUGCCAGGGCCUCUUUACUGAAAAACAACGAUCCUUUGGAUGCAGCUAUAUUUUACCUUGCACUGAAAAAGAAGGCAGUGGUCUGGGGAUUGUACAGGUCUCAGAAAAAUGUCAAGAUGACAGACUUUUUCCGCAACAACUUCAGCGAGGACCGGUGGAGGAAAGCAGCGCUGAAAAAUGCCUUUUCUCUGUUGGGAAAGCAGCGGUUCCAGCAUUCUGCAGCCUUCUUCCUUCUCGCAGGCUCCCUUAAGGAUGCAGUGGAGGUGUGUUUAGAGAAAAUGCAGGACCUGCAGUUGGCCUUGGUGAUCUCCAGAUUGUAUGAGUCUGAGUUUGAGACGGCAUCCACAUACAAAAAGAUCCUCCAGAGACAUGUUCUGGGACAAGACAAACAGAUUCAAGCCCACCCGGACCCGUUUCUGCGGAGCAUGGCUUACUGGGUCUUGGAGGACUACAGCAGAGCCUUGGACACUCUGCUUGAGCAGCCUGCUAAUCAUGCCAGCCUGGGGUCCACUGUGGGCAAAUGUGAUGCUGGCUCUUCUCCUGUGUCUACAUGUAAUCCUGAAGUUUUCAACUUUUACAUCUACCUUCGUACCCACCCACUCCUCCUCCGUCGCCAUUUUGCCUCAUCAAAAAAGGCUAAAGUUGGCCUCACAGCUGAGGGUCGCAGAGCUGACUCCAUUAGCUUGGAGGAGAGAAGACUGUUUUUCACAGCUGCAUACGCUCACCUGCAAGCUGGUUGCCCCAUGCUAGCACUUGAAGUCCUCUCCAAGAUGCCGAAAGUCCGCAAGCAUUCCAAACUCCCCAACCAGAAGGAUAUUGACGUCGGCACUGAACUCAGUGUUGGGAGCAAAAAUGGACAAACAUCUGACCCAGAUUGGUCCCAGUCGGCUCUGAACGGCUACGAGUCAGAUGGAAACAGCUUGUCCAACAGCCGGUCAGAUUCGGUGUUAAGUUUUGACUGGAGCCAGCCUUCACUGACACUCCCAGAUGAGCCCCUGGAGCUGAAGUGGGACAGCGACAAAGAUGAUGAGGAUGAAAAUGAUGAGGAUGAAGAUGAAAUUCAAAAUAAGAGUGGCAGAACUGGAGACAAUAGCAGCGUUUUCCAGGACACACAAGAUGCCGUGUCGCUUCUAAUGGAGACAGUGAUGGGAGAGGACAGUGAGGACGACAAUGAUUUCAUAACACCAUCUAAUGACAUCUUGGCAGCCCAGCUGAAGUUUACUGCCUGCUUGAAGAUUAUGACCAAUGAGCUCCGGACCCUGUCGACGGGCUAUGAACUUGAGGGAGGGAAGCUACGUUACCAACUCUACCAGUGGUUAGAGAGAGAGGUGGUGGCUCUCCAACGUUGCUGCAGCUACCAACCCUGCUUGCCAGAACUGUGUGUCCAGGGUGAUGCCCCCGUUUCUGCGUUGGUGGAGGAGGAACAGCCCGGGAGUCCUCGUAGUGACAUCCAGAGGAGCAGGAGACACUGGCUGCAGAGUAACCAGCCCUUGCUGAGGAUGUUUCUGAGCUACUGCAGCUUGCAUGGCUCCCACGGUGGAGGACUGGCCUCUGUACGCAUGGAGCUCAUAUUGUUGCUUCAAGAGUCUCACCAGGAUGACUCCAUACAGUCAGCAGUGACACCAUGUUGUCAACAAACCUCCAUCCCUCUUCUUAUGGCUUGCACAGCCAACGUAAAAACUGUGGUGGCCAAUCCCAUUGUCCACUUGACCAACCUGACUCAUGACAUCUUACAGACCAUCAAUGCACUCGACUCUCCUCCACAUCCCGAUGUUGUUAACAAUGAGAUCUAUGUGAUGCACACAUUGGCUGCCUCCUUGUCAGCCUGCAUAUAUCAAUGUCUGUGUGAUGGACACACCCACAGCCAUGUGAACCAUUUCACAGGCAUCGUGUAUCAGAGUGUGUUACUGUCUCAGAAGCAGCCAGUCAGAACUGUCAGCAUGGAUGAGUCUGUUCAGCCCAACACUUCCCCUGCUCAGUGGCCAGGUAUCGUCUCCCUGAUUCGCCUGUUGAGCUCAGCAGGUGAGGAGAGCCAGCCAGGCUUAACUGUGCUCCUCAGUGAGAUCCUGACUGCUGUGUUCCUCAGCCUGUUUGUUCACGGCAUGGCCACUCACUCCAGCAACGAGCUGUUUCGCAUCGUGGCCCACCCGCUCAACAGCAAGCUUUGGGUGACAGUGUUCGGAGGAGGUGCCCGGAUCCCUAUCAUAGAGAAACCGAGCAGCCCAACAAGAACACCCCCACCAGCCUCACCAAGCGGCUCAGACAGGAAGUCGAGAAGAUUCAGACUUCUGUCAUCACGCAGUGGAUCCAGAGAGGAGUCUGGGAUGGAGCGGGAGGGCCCGUCCAGCCCCAAGCAUGUGCCUGUGGUGGAGCAAGAAGCUACCUCCAUCCUGAAAGAACGAUUUGUCCCUCCUGACCUCAGCAUUUGGGAUUACUUUAUCACCAAGCCUUUGCUGCCACCAUCAGAAAAUAGAAUUGAAUAUGACUCGGAGGAGAGUCAGGGCAGUCAAGAUGAAGAAGAUGAUGAUGACGAAUAUGAAGAUGCGUUUGACCCCAACUCACCACAAAGAGAGCAUUCGAACCACAAUUCAUACAGUUGGUGUUUGAUGCGUCUGGCAAUGGUUCAGUUGGUGUUGGUCAACCUCAAAUCCUUUUACCCCAUGGCAGGAUAUGAUCUAAUGGAUCUGCCUGUCGGCUCUCCUCUGUGUCAUGCUGUGCUGAAGACUCUGCAGCGCUGGGAGCAGGUGUUGCAGAAAAGGUUGGAGAUCUUCGGGGGCCCUCCUUCCAAGUACAUCUCCACCCACCUCCAGGAUGAAACAACCACACCCGGUCCUGCCCUGCUCAGACACAAGGCCCUGUAUGAACCAUCCAACACCCCUUUUAGGACUAGCCACCCUUCGGCACUGCCAGUGAAGCGUCUGUGGCAAUUUCUGGUGAAGCAGGAAGAAGUGCAAGAGACUUUCAUUAGACACAUCUUCACCAAGAAACGGGACCCGAAUGAGUCGGGUGAGGACCAGACUGACAAAAUGAAAUGUUCAGGGAUGGAGGAGACAGGAAAAUAUCAGACUGAGUCAGAUCUGGGCUUCCCCGGGGGAAAGGCACGCAUCAUCCACAAGGAGUCUGACAUCAUCACAGCCUUUGCCAUCAACAAGGCAAAUCGUAAUUGUUUGGUCAUGGCGUCCACCCAUGACAUUCAGGAGUUGGAUGUGUCAUCCAUCUUGGCCACACAGAUCUUGACAUGGAUUGACGACGAAGAGGCUGAAACCAAAGGUGUCAGUAGUGAUGACUUCCUGGUGGUGCACGCACGCGAUGACUUCGCCGCCCUCCAUGGCACCACACCGUAUACUCACAGUACCCCUGGCACACCCAUCAACAUGCCUUGGCUGGGAGGAAUGCAAACAGGCCGGGGUGCAUCUGUGAUGAUCAAGAGAAAUAUCAACAACGUGAGAAGAAUGACCUCCCAUCCCACGCUGCCUUACUACCUGACGGGAGCUCAGGAUGGUAGCGUGAGGAUGUUUGAGUGGGGUCACUCCCAGCAGAUCAUCUGCUUCAGAAGUCCAGGCAACUCCAGGGUCACCAGGAUACGAUUCAACCACCAGGGAAACAAGUUUGGUAUCGUAGAUGCUGAUGGAGGUUUGAGCCUCUGGCAGACCAACACAAGUGGGAACGCGCCCAAACCAUAUCUGACCUUGCAGUGCCACAACAAGACAGCUCAUGACUUUGUCUUUGUGGGCUCCUCCUCCCUCAUUGCUACUGCGGGUCUUUCAACAGACAACAGAAAUGUUUGUCUGUGGGACACUCUGGUGACUCCUGCAAACAGCCUUGUACAUGCUUUCUGCUGCCAUGAGUCUGGUGCCACAGUGCUUGCGAUGGCCCCCAGGCAUCAGCUGCUUAUCACAGGCGGGAGGAAAGGCUGGAUCAGCAUCCUGGAGCUUCCCCACAAACACCAGCGUCAAAGCUUCCAGGCCCACGACUCACCGGUCAAAGCUCUAGCUGUCGAUCCGACCGAGGACUGCUUUAUCAGUGGAUCAUCGGAGGGCAACAUCAGGGUUUGGAGCCUGGCCACACAGUGUCCACUCUACACCUUUCCCAACGAGCACGCUCGCCAGUCGCUGUUCAGGAACCUCGGCACAGGGGUCAUGCAGAUCGAGGUGGGACCGGCCAAUCACGUCUUCUCUUGCGGCGCUGACGGAACCAUGAAGAUGAGGAUCCUCCCCAACCGCUUCAGUGUUGUCAACAACCACAACAACAACCAAGGCAACCUCAAGAACGACGUCAAGUUCUUCAUAUAGACAGAGAUAAAGAAAUAGGGCGUUAAAAGCAAUUUAAUUAGAUAAUGUGAAGUUUAUUUUAUGAUCAAGCCAAGUCGCUAGCAGUGGAAAUGCCUGAUUGGAUCAGAGGUCGUCGUGGGUCAAGUGUUAUCAGUAUAAAUGAAGGUUGAUUAUUCACAGGAUUUGGAGACAUUCACAGAGUGACAGCGUGUCGUGAUCUCGCGGCCCAACGGGGAUCGCGCAAAGAAGCGAUCGCCUCUGCUGUGCUUUGUUUUUCCUUUGGGACGUGAACCCAGAUUUGACGUUAAAGCCGACCAAAAGCAGGAGCUUCUACAAUUGUUUUAAACUGUAGUGGAAGUUUGUUUAAGUGGGCACAGGGUAACGACCGAGGGCACAGUCAGUUGGAAUAAACUGAAAAGGAGACACCAACUCACAGAUUGUCCAAAGCAGACUCCGCUGAACAGCACAUGGAGAGCCUUUUAUAUUUGCACAAGAAGUGAAGCUGUAGAAGGAACAGGAGUGACAAGAGACUGUGACGAUUUAAAGCUGCAGCAUUGUUCUUCUCACACAGCAUCACCUUAUCGCUUACUUCAUAUUAGUGAAGCAGUCAUGAUAGUGGAGGCUCCUCAGGAAUCACUGCUGGAGUGUUUUGGAUAUCGUACGGGGACGAAAAGUGAUCCCUUCUGGGGUUUGAACGUCACCAAAAGACUGUAUGCCACUGUCGAACGUGCUCAGCACAACAGAGUAAGGCCAAUGGACGUCGUACAAAGCACAUUAUGCCCAGUCACAAGAAUCCAUGGCACAUUCAGGUGCUCCAUAUACAUUUGUGAACACCAGUGAAAAGCAGAGGACCAGGUGUUUGUCACGAUCAAACUACAGGAUGUCAAUUUCAUAUCACUCUUAUUGUUUUAAUUUUAGACAUCUGGCUGAUGUCCUUUUCCCAGCCUGUCUCGAAAUGAACAUUUUGAUUUUAUGAUAUGUGUCAGUCUUCUUAUUUAGCACUAACUCUCCGCCAGAAAGCCAAUAAGCCUGUUUCCCUACUUUAUCUUAUUUUUCAUGGACUGCCUGAAUGCGCCAUUUCUCUUAAUCUUUUUUGCACAUAAAAAUUAAGGUAAAUUAUUUGUAGUGUAAUGCAUAUGACUAUACAAGACUGGAUGGCAGUAAAGCAGUCCAGGCCUUUGUUAAUAAGAUUAAAAUAUAUUACAGUGUUAGCUUAUCCUGGCCUAGAUUUAACCAGUGGUAUUAAUAAGUGUCCUUAAUCUCUAAAAACUACUUCUGUAGUACUAUAGUACCGUUGGACCUGAUGAUUAUUAUUGAUAUUAAGUUGUACAAAGUAGCUUUAAUUUAACAAGGCCCUCGUUGGUAUGGGACACUACGAAUAAUACCUACUCUGGCUGUGUGUUGUUGUUUUGAAAUGUUUAUUAAGCUUAAGAACACGUAGCAGGAAACUUUGCUGAUGACAAUGGAAAUGGGUUUGGAUGGGUGGAGCAGUUCGACAAGUUUUAAUGAAUGUUCAGUUUUGUUGUUGAAAUUGUUUUAUUCCAAUAACAAUGCACUUCGAUUUCAUUGACUCCAACUUUCAUCUUCCAUAUGGACCAUAAUUGAAAACUGCCUUUGGAAACAGUAUUGUUUGCCUUGUCUUAAUUUUAUCAGCAGACUUGCUUUAUCUGGCUUGCCAUUCAGUUCCUUUGUCAUAAUUAUGGUGAUUACAUUAUCUUAACUUUUUUUUUUGUUUGUUUGUUUUUUUAAAUCAUGCAGUUUCUAGAUAUAUGAUCCAAAAAUGCAGCACAUCGCCUUUAGUAGUACAUGCUUGGAAAAUGUAAUCUAGGUUGGUGUGUAAUGCGUCUUCCACAUAUAUAAGGAAGGCGGUUCAGCUGCCCUAUAGCCGUUUUAGUCUGGAAGAGUAUAAUCCGUUAAGCUAUCUACCUAUGUAACCUGGUUAUGCUGCUAUUAGGAAACAAAUAUACAUUAGCUUUGAUUUCAGGGAGGACAAACUGAGGAAAACCUUUUAGAUGAAGCAGAUUUAUUGUAGUUAUGUAUAAUCAGAUCAACAGACGAGGCAUCUCGCCAAGUGUAAUCACAAACAAGUCGCAGAUAAACAGUAAAGACAAGAAACCACUUUAUGAAGAAUAUCACUCCUAACAACUCUUGGUGUAUUUAUAAAAUGUGUUCAUAUUACGGAUUAGAGGCUGAUUGAUCAAAAGGCA